CUUCAGAGUUGAGAACGUCACGAGCAGGAAUCAAGGAAGGUGUGUUUUGCCUAAGAUCAAGACAUUGCAAGGUGCAAUGUUUAUCGCUAAUAAUUUUUAUCGGGACAACGACAGCCUCCACAAUAUGUAGGAACUACCAGACUAGUCAAUUAUGGGUCUAAGGGAGUCAAAACUGUGCUUCCUCUCGUAUGAGGAAGCGACAAAACGAGGUAGGUAUUCUGCUGGUCACGAUUGAAAGACCUGUUCCGUCUGUCGAUCAGGUCAACAGAAUAAGUUUUCGGUGUUUAUUCCAGCUGAUUUUUCCCUUUGUUUGUUUGGGACUUGUUUCAGUUACUGAUGAUGAAAUGCAACGCUUACGGUUGGCGUUCAAGCGGUGUUGUGGUGUGAGUGGAUUCAUGCCCCAGACGGUUUUUGCCCGAGAAGUAGUUGGUGAUGGUGUUCCGAGCAAAGUCGCUGAGGUAAGGAAAAGUAGUGCGUUGUAAGCUGUGUGAUUCCUUCGGUUCAUCUCUUUGCCUUGUGUAGUUGAUCCCAACAACAAUCUCGGUUGUCUUUCAGCUAAUUUACUCAGGAUUUGGUGGCACAAACAAGGGAAUAACAUUUCGGGAUUUGCUGUGUGGUCUUGUACUUUUAACUCGGGGAACUCGUGAAGAAAAGAUAAAAUGUAAGUUUGGUUUCCGAGACCUUCAGGGCUUGAAUUAAUCAUGAUUCACUUUGUCCUGUGAGAUAAUCCACUGACAAAUGUAAUCUUGCUUUUUCAUUUUAUGGUUCUUGUUUUUUUUCCUAGUUAUUUUCAAUAUUUAUUCUGACGGAGUAUUCGUGCACAAAGAUAGCAUGGAGAGUCUUAUUCUAGCUUGUGAUGGUGGUAAUAUUCCUCAAGCAGUGAUCGAUUGCUUCUACGAGGUAAUACCUUGUUUCUCUUGUUUUCAACAUUAACUGGCAAUCAUAAUCUCCUUAGCUGUCCUUUUGUUCUACGCAACUGUCUCUCAAAUACGUGACUUUAUAUUUCGUAUUAACUCCAUUGUAACCAUGUUUAUUCUUGGGUUAAUGCUUUUAGCGUAGAAUUGAUCUCCAGCUAAGUUUCACAUCUUGUGUUUUAGACUUAUAUUUUCAUUCAAAACCAGGAAUUUUCCCUCAGUAGCAUUAAGUUAUUUCGAAAAAGUGAAGUCAUCAAUUUAACUUAAAAUGCACUGAAGCAUAUAUAUACUUGGAAAUACUUAGCUGAAGGUUAUAUGAGACUUACAAUUGUCUAAUAGACUUGUUUUCUUGCCCAUGUAACGCGCCAAUAGAAAGUGUAGUUUCUUUGUAUGGUAUGCUUAACCAUAAUUUCAAUACAAGCAUAGCAGUUACUCGCGUAUAUAGAUUUGCACAGAAAGAUUGUUUAGAAGAUCCUCAUGCUUUGAACUUUCUGGGGAAUUGAAAAUAAUAUUGGUUCUUAUAAGGUUAAAAAAAUGUGUGGACAAAUUACAGUGUGUGACCGGGAAAAGGGAAGUUGAUUCUGUUGCACAUGAUCACUUUGGGUUCGAAGCCCUGUACUGUGCAUUUACAUAUGUUACUUUGGUUAGUUCCUACAGUUAUAACCCUUGUAAAUGUGCGAAUGAUGUUCAUGAAGUGUGAUGUUCUUAUGUUUGAAUCAAGGAACAAACUUAUUAGUGAAUUGAAAUAUAUGAAAUGAAUCAUCAUUUGAACUGCGAAUAAAGAUAUGAACUCUAUAGGUUAUCCAUUCUACUGCAAAGAUCAUGUUCAUUUUCAUAAACGUAUUAGUGUUACUCAUGGAAGCAUUCAAGGAAUUCUUGUUUUCAGACCAGAGAUUUAAAGUGCACCUCAUAAUAAAAUUCUUUUGGGUCGUGAGAACUGUAAAGCAUGACCAGUGUAAAUUAUGUGCAGUGUGACCUGACAUGUUUUAUUUGAAAACACACUGAGCACAUUGUUCAGACUGAGUAAUGUUGACACUAUCAGACUCAUAAUGUAUUAAGUACAGACUUUAAAUUCCUCUGCUGUGCUCUAAUCACUCUAUUCAGCAAUUUUUAUUGCAAAAAUGAUUACAGAGUUUACUAUGGAUGUACAGUGAAACCUCUAUUAAGCGGACACCUUCGGGACCUUCCCAAGUGUCCGCUUAAUAGAGGGUGCCGGCUUAAUAGAGGUUGUAAAAAUUGUACAAUGUUUAUUAACAAUCAACUUUCAACAGUUACUCUGUACUGUGAUAAAGUUGUAUGUUGUUAAAGAAGCUAUCCAGAGUUCAAGUUCAUUACCUUUCAGUACCAACUUUAAUUUGUUUGUAAAUCCAAAAACAUUAACUGACUUCAGUACGUAUUUCAAGGACGUAAUCCAAUACUACUAUUUUCAAUCCAGUCCGGUGUCCGCUAAUUAGAGGUUUUUAACAAUAGAAAUUAGCCAAAUACAACUUAUUUUAGUGUCCGCAUCGGCUUAAGAGAGGUGUCUGCUGAAUAGGGGUUCGUUAUAAAGGGAAAUAAAAGACAUUAAUUUCGAGACCCGGCUUAGUGUCCGCUUAAUAGAGGUUGUCCGCUUAAUAGAGGUUUCACUGUAUUACUAUGGAUUUAUCAUAGGUUAAUGUCGAGGUUCCUUAGCUACAAUUAAAGUAUAGGGUUAAGUAAAAACACAGGAAGUAGACAUAUUGUGUAAAGGGGGGAGCACCGCUCUGCAAUUGGCGAGGCAGACGACUUCCACAGUUAAAAAGGUUGCAACUUAGUUUGAUUCUCAGUUUCCUUUGUCUCCUAGUAAAUAGUUAGUAAACAAAAGAAACUGAGAAUCUAUCUAGGUUGAAACCAUUUUAACCUUAGUUUCAUUUUGACCUAUACCUGACAUAUUACUGUCCGCAUUAUAUUUUUCAGUGUGAUCGACUGUCAUUUGAGGACUUUUCCAGUUGGUUGCUGAGAAACCCUGAUGUGACCACAGUAACAAGGUGGUUACUGAUUAUCAGUAAUGGCUGCAGCAUUCAGUUGACAGACAGUAGUGAAACACCAACCUUUUACCAAACACUUGCCAGUGUCACUCACUGUAAGUCCUUUUGACAUUGGCUAUUUACCCCUGUAAAUCCUAAUAUCAAAAUUCAGAUUCUCAUUUGUUGUCCCUAUACAUUUCUUAAAUUGUAGUGGGGCGAAUUUGUAUAUUGUAUUCAUUGAUUAUUCUCCUCCAAAAUGUUGAUGGGUUUGGACAUCUUGUUGGAAGAGACUCCUGUGGUUUGAAUCCCAUAAGUGACCACAAAGUCAUGUGACCACCCAAAAUACAAAGAUUUUGUGGUCACUUAUGAGAUUCAAACCACAAUUUAUGUAGGAGAAUAAUCAUUGAAUAGAAUACACAAAUUUACAAUAUGUAAUUUCAUGGUGUCACCUAAAGUUUUGUGCAUUCUAUAAGUAUAGUCUUGUAAAACAUGCCUCAAGUGGCCGCCUACAGGGGGAUAAAAACUUCAAAAGAAUUCUAAAACCAUCACCCCAAGAAGUGGUCAUGAUCGCUUACAAAAGGUAUUAUGUGUUCAUUCUUCGGCAAAAAUCCCGGGAGCAAAUGGGUUAAAAAAAAUGUCCUUUUUAAAAUGAAUUGUGCUCAGGACAAGGUAAAGUUCUAAUUAUAGAAACUUAAGAAUUUGUUCAUGCUUAGCGUGCGUAUAUCGAGUUAUGGAUGCACGCGGGAAGUUUGGAGAGCACGAAAGAUGCGUAAGAGUUGCACGAGGCGAUAGCAGAGUGCAACUCUAGCUUCUUGAGUGCUCUCCAAACUUCCCAAGUGCAUCCAUAACUCGAUAUACGCACAGCUAAAAGCAUGAGCAAAUUCUUUUAUAACAUAGCUGACAAAAAUGAUUGUUUUUUGAUUAACUGCAAAAUUCUCGUAACGCGCAGCACAAUAACAAACGGUUCUAUUGGCUGUUUACGAACACGCCACAAUCGUCUAGUUUGAAUGAAAAUAUUCUUUCUGUAAAAGUGAGAAAGAAAAUUUGCUUCUUUAUUCGUCAACGACCAAUGGAAACUAAGCAGAAACAAAGGUAAAAGAGUCUUAAAGUUCACCUGAAGUUAAAACACUAACAUGUUCGUAAGAAGUCGUGGGGGCAUGGUUUAGAUUUGCUGAAAAGAUGUUUACGUUUCAGACGUUUUGCUCGGCGAAAUCCAGAAAAUAUGUUUUUAGCGAAGACGACUGUCAUUCUUCUUUAAACUCAUAUUCAGUUACGAACAUUAGCUGGUCAUUACGGCUUCUUGAGAAGAACUGGCAGCAGUUGUUUUUGUGAGUAAUAAAUUUGUCUUCUCGUGUAAUUUGUGUUGUUAUUGUGAGAGAAAUUUUCCUGCUUAAGUCGGAUUGUCCGGAGAUAACAAAGUGCAUAACAAAUUUAAAAACAACAAUAAAAACAGAAAUUUUGCCUUUAAAUGUUGUCGAUGACCAGCUGGUGUCUGUUCUGUUCCCAGUGAAUGUCUUUCGGCCAAAGUUUGCUGCAGCUGGUCUUCGGCAAAUUUGCGAAACGCGCUACUUGCAAGUCUUUUUAAAUUCGGCUUUAUUUUUGCUGCUUGUUGGAUCAGAACCUAAAAGGUCAAUGCCGAUAGAAAAAUUGGGCAGUUCUUCGCUGGUUUCUUCCAUAUUUUAAAGAGAAGGAAAAGUGCACUGCAGCUUAAAAGACGACAACUUUGCAGCCGGGUAAAAAAAAAUGCUCACGUCAUCUUAUUUACGCACGGGCGUGCGUAAAUAAAGAUUUUGUUCAUAGCGGCUCAAUAGGACUUAUAUAGGGCAAGCACGCGCGUUAUGUUAUAAUUGUAAUUUAAUAAUUGUGUUUUCUAUUUGGGUGCUGUAGUACAAGAAAUAGAUGUGAUGGAACUUGAAAAGAGGUACUGGACGUUGAAGUCUGGGACAAAAACCGGCAAAUUUGACUUGGAGACAUUCACUCCACUUGUGUCACCACCUAUUCCAAAGUGUCUCUGUCCAGGUAUGUUAUGCACUGCUGUCCGUUAAAGUCGGUAAAUUUGGGUCUUACAUUGACCUUUAUAAUGUGCAACAGUGUUCAUAAGUAACUGCAGUCUUUACCAAAACAGUAUGGUUCUUUCAGCCUUGGUUCACCUUGGUUCAGCCUUGGUGUUCUGGGUAUUAAAUAAUGGGGCUGAAAAAAUUGGUCUUGUUUCGUGCUCUUUUUUCUCUAUAAAAGCCAAGGAAAUCUUUAUGACUUUUUGUGUUAAAAAAACUAGAAUUCAAGGUCAGCCAUUGGACAUUAGGUGCUCUGCGAGUAAUGUCCUACACUGGGUGUUUUGGUGAUAUAUAAAGUUUUUUUAACCUGUACAUGUAUUAUUUUAUUAUAUAGACAUGAGUGUUUUACUGGAAAAUAUGCCAUUCGUAAAAUUCAUAAAAACUACGUCCGGGGCCUGAGUGGUUUAUUUUCCAUAAUCUCACACGUUAGCCUGAAAUUCAUCCGAUUGUUUUGAGUCGUUUUCUCCUCUCAACAACGUCUGAAUCGACGGGCUGUUAAUGCCGUCCAGUGACGUCACUCACUACCCAAAAACCGGGUAGUGAUUUUGAUUGGUUGAUUGUCUAAACAUUCGCAUAAUUAUGUAUAAUUAUGAAAAAUUUUAGCGGGAUUGUCGCUUGAUAUUCAGCCAAUUGCAUCCCUGGCAUGGCAUUCUUUCGUGUAGUUCAAACAUUUUGAUAAGCUUAAUCUUUAUCUUAAACAGCAAAAUUGCCCUUGUCUUCGAAACUGAAAUACUAAAUUGAACUGUGAAUGAAGAAUCAUUGCGGAAAGUCGGUAGGUUUUUCAUUUAGAGCCGCUUUGUGGUUUUGGCGGCUGGUAAUUUUGUUUACGUGAAGUUUUCGGAGAUCAAUGUUAUAAUUCGACCUUCUUGCUAUUUUCACCGUCAGAUGUAAUGAUUCGGUUAGCUUUUCUUUCUUGUCUCCGUGUUUUUUUCUUCGUUAAGGACCAAAUAGCUUCUUUUCAAUUGAAGCAUAUCAUUGUGUUUUUGAACUAAGUGUUUCGUGUGUGUGUUUAUUUCAUUGCGUGAUUGCGACCGAUUUUGAUUAUAGAAUUCAGUACAACCGGUUCAGUGUUGUACUGCAUGCAGUUGAUAGUUUGAAUGUUAAACAUGAAUUACGAUCGAAAAAAUAAAGCAAUUCUGUAUCAUGCAGACAUUUCCAAACGAUAUUUCUCGAUUUGACACUUGAAAAUCGUGUUUUACUUUUUGCAUGAAUUAAAGCAAAUGUCAAGGAGUAGUGACGUCACCGGACGGCAUUAACGGCCGGUCGAUUCAGACGUUACUGAGGGAGUAAUUAAUGACUAGAAGUAAUCGGAUGAAAUUCAGGCUACUCACACGUGAGUUUAUCGAUGACGUAAUUUCAGUAGUUUUCCUCUAUUAUUUUAGCGAUCUCUUUUUGUUUAUAUAAUGAAAAGAACAUUACAUGGCAGGUUGAAGAUAUGCAUUUUAUUUUCUCGUGGCAAAAACAAUAUUUUCCUCACUCACUGGGCUCAUUCGUAAAAUGUUGUUUUGCUGCUUGAAAAUAAAAUUCAUAUCUUCGCGCUACCGUCUAACAUCUCUAUGUAUUUGUCCUUUCGAUAUUCCUGUUCACUUCUUGCUAAGGUUUGAUCCUUUGAAACUACCAUUUUAGUAGGUUUGUUUAUGUCCUUGCUAUUAAUCUAUAGGACUCUUUAAAGCCUUUGAUGAAAACUGUGAUGGUCACAUAGAUUUCCGUGAGUUAGCUUGUGGGAUCUCUAAGUGCUGCAGAGGAUCCAAUGCUGAAAGGCAAAAAUGUGAGUAAAGUUUCUUCCCAUGGCACUUUACCCUGUCUAACAUUACAAAAAAAUAUAUAAACAGACAGGCACCUCUGAAACUAUCAGAUGUACCCUAAAGCCUUAGACAGACAUACACCUCCCCAAAAGGAUUGCCACUUUAUGACAGCUGUGAACAAUCAUUUAAGGACAAACACAAACCCACACACCGACAACUGGGCUAAGUGACUACGGCGCACCAGGGUACUUACAUUUGUGAGAAUGGUAUAAACCUCAGCACACUAAUGACUGAGCACCAAUAAGCAACAAGAAAUGGUGAUGUGAUCAAUCCCACCACUGAAAACCACUUACUGAGAAACCAAUGCAUUAACUGCUCAACUCUACUGAAUGCAUUUUGCAUUCUUCAGAAUACUACCAGUGACUCACUGGUUGAUUAGAUUGCUGCUGAUGGUUCUACCUUACAAACCAAUUAAUAUCGACAAAUCAGGCAAAACUGACGUCAGUGGACUAACUCAAUAACAAACCAAUAAUUUGUUCACCUAAUAAAUGCAUCAGGAAUGUUGUCAGGAGCUGGCUGCCAGCUAAUUGGCGAUUUCCGAGUUGCCUCAAGCUUCUGUUCCAAAGUAAGGCUAAGUGGAAAGCUGUUGAUAUGAAAUUGAUAUUUAUAUUCUCAUGUAAAAAACCCCUCAUUUUCAAAAGAAAGGGUUUGCAGUUAGCCUCAGUUUGAAACUGAGACAGGGUGCAAAGAAAGUCAUUUUUACAGCUUGCCCUUUGGGCAAGCUGAAGCUAACAUUUACUAGCCAAACAUUAUUUCACCUAGCCUCAAAAACGUUUUUAGGAGCAUAUUGAUUUCACAGUUCUUCUGUAUUGGACACUACUUUCUUUGCACGCUAGUGAGAGUUUUUGGAACUUGGAAAAUAGCCUUUUUCAUCAGCUAAAAUAGAGCGUAGCACUAGCCUAAAUUGCUCUGAGAAACAAAAACAAGGGGUAAUUUUGAAGAGGCAGUUGACUGAAAAAGCCAUCUUGACAAAUAAAACUUUUCUUCAGCUACAUCCCUGAUGUAUAAUAAGCACCCUAACCAACCAGCUUUCACUUCAGUUAAUUUUUGUAUUGCUUAUCUUUAACCCUUUUUUUCUGGGAUAUCAAUAAGAUUCUAAUCUUAUGAUUUUAGAACAAGGAUUAAUUACUGUCAUGAUGCUGUUCGCAGCAAUGAUAAAUUAUAUUCUAGUAGAAAAAAAAAUUAAAUGACAGCUUUUGUUUCUACAGUCUGUUUUAGGGUAUUUGAUACUGAUGGAGAUGGCUUUCUAUCCAGAAGUGAAAUUGAAGUAAUGUGUAAAGCACUAAUAGACAUCAGGAAGGAGAAUAAUGUUGGAGAAAAGGCAAGUUUUUUUUUGUGAACUGUUGAAAUGUUCUUAAAUAGCACAUAUCUCAGUGCUUUCAUAUUUAGCGGUAAUAUCCCAAUGACCUUACCCCAUAACAGUCAGGGUGCGUUUGUUUGAGAUGAUCUGGAUCAGGACCAUUGAUCGGCGAUCACUCGGAUCAUGGUCGAUCAAAUGAACCAAUGAAUCCACUUUGGACAAGGAUUCAUCAGUUCAUGAUUUUGAUCUACAGUGUUAGCAAAUUUUAUUGAUGAGUGGAGUCAGUGUGACUUCUGCUUCACAAAUUUUGGAGUCAUUUUGGAAUAUUUGGAGUCAAGUAUCAGACUUUCCAGCACGUGGUCCCGGCAUGUAUACACUAUCGUGAGGGAUACACGAAGUAGCUGUGGCGGUCCGCUGACCUGGAAAGCUCAAAUCCAUGGUGGCGGUCAUCGAGUAAACUUUGAUCGUAAUUUACCCUCUUCCUGUUUUGUCGUGGAGUAUAAUUCUUUAAUUUCGAUGAUUUAAUUAAGGUUUACAACGUUUACAAUUAACGUAAAUUGUAUUUGUUGCGAAAAAGGUAAGGAUAAAACUGUGUUUGUUACCGAAAAUUUCUGGAGUCGAAGUGGCUCCCUGUUUGUUACCGAAAAUUUUUGGAGUCAAAGUGAAUCCCUCCGUAACCUCAGUGGAGUCAUCUGAACAAUUUUGGCGUAAAAUACGCCAAAUCUGGCGUAUUUGCGAACCCUGGAUCUACCAUGAUCUAAGUGAUCUCGGAUCACUGAUCCCGAUGUGGAUCACCCCAAAGGAACACACCCUCAGACAUCGAUCUUGGGUAUUUCUUUUGAACACUUGGAAUUUCAGUUCUCAAGGUUAACUUUAUACAUUGUAUUUGGAUACUGGUUCUCAGGCCAGUGAUGAUCAACUUGCCUACAGGCAUUUCUAUAAUUGUUGACAAAAGUCUUGGGACAAACUUGCAUUUGUGGCUUUUUUAUGCUACAAAUGCCCCUCCUCCUCCCUCAACCUACAUGCAGUGUUGAACCAGUGUAUAAAUGACUGAUACAAUGACUACUUACUACAAUUUUUCCUGAGUUUUAACACUGUAUAGAAUGGGAAAGGGGAACUGCAAGGCAGUUGUAAAAAUAUAGGACUGCAUUAUGAAUGUAUCCUAAAGUUACAGGCAAUUAUAAAUAUUGUAUCAUCAUCUUAAUGAUUUUUGUCCAAGAUGGUAGUUAGCCAAGAAGUAAAUGUUGUCAGUAUGGUGCUUAUAAUAGUAAUUACUAUAUUAUUAAUGUGCCAUUCAUAUUGUUCAGGCUUACAAAAUAUCAUAGAAGGUUUAACCUGAGAACAGAUUUUGCGUGGAACAUAGCACAUAUCCCUUUGCCUGCUUAAAUUUUUAUUUUUAAAAUACUGAAGAGGUAAUUGUGUCGUGGGAAACUGUGAAGUCUUAUUUGAGGUGUCACUCCAAGGAAUUUAGCACAUAUUGCAUGUUAUAUCUUGGUAUUAUUGACAUGCUGUUGAACUGGUAAAUUGAAGGUGAACUUGCUCUGUUUUGCAGUGCACAUGUACAUGCAUGCACUCUAUAUCUGCCUGGUGCAGGGCUGUUGGCUAUAAGGUCUUGGGCUGGGGAUUUUCCCCGGCUAUUAUGGGCAUGACUCCUGGUUACCUCAGGAGGCAGCAAAAAAAAGAAGAGCGUGAAAAGUUAGUGACAGUCCUGGCCUAAUGUAUUUGUAAAUUCUGUGAACUAAAUCUUAAAGUGCUUUCCUUUUGUCAGAAGUGACUGGCCAGACUAUUUCUGUCAUAAUGAGAAUUUCACUUUUAAUCAAAACUAUCCAGCCAGAUCAGUGAAAUUCUAAAAUAGUAUGCACGAAGGAGAUGGUUUUUCAGCAAAAACUCUAGGAAAAAGCCUAUUUCAUUUUAAAAUGACUGGUAUGGCAAUGGCCCGGCC